AUGGUUGAAGCCACAGGAUUGUCUCACUUGACAGGGUGCAUGAUGCUGCAUUUAGACAUGGCUCUACUUUCGGCAUUUGUGGAGAGGUGGCAGCCGGACACAAACACCUUCCACAUGCCGUUUGGAGAGAUUUCGAUCCUUCUACACGAUGUGCAUCACAUUCUUCAGAUACCGGUUGACGGAGAGCUGAUGGGAGAUGAGGCGUCGCCGGAUACUCUUAAGUCAGACAUGGGUGGUCUAGUUCGACUUUCGGUGGAUGCUCAGGUUGGUGAGGGAUUUUUGGUGCAUGGGGGAGAGCUGAAGAUUAAGGAGAUGGAGGUUCAGUGUUACCUAUUUGUGUUACUGGGAUCCACGCUUUUUGUGGAUAAGAGUCGUGAUCGCCUUCGUCCUGCGAUCAACUUGUUUCUGAAGGAUCAUCGACGAUUGACUGAUUACGCUUGGGGAGCUGGUGCACUAGCCUAUCUCUACAGAUAG